AUGACUUUGAAAGAGCAGGCUGAGGCUAUGCAGCGGUCAGACGUAAAUUCAGGAAGGACACUUAAGAAGAAGGCCGGCGACAAAGAUCUCUGGAGAACCAAGACCUAUGAAACCAAACCCACGUUACAUCAGGGUGAACCAUCACAGGGUGGAUCAAAUUCUACACAGAAUCAGACAAAUACCACACGUUAG